UAUAUAUAUAUAUAUAUCGGGAUAUUACAUAGAACAAAGUAUUGGGAUUACUAAACUGUUUCUUUACUAAAUGGUUUUCUUUUUUUCUCUCCACAGAAGAAUAUUUUAUCGUAUCAAAACAACAAAAAAAAAUCUAACAUCUAACAAAAAACACAACUAACAUCAAAAUGUGGAAAACUAUUUUCAAAUGUUUUUGUUUUCGCAAGAAAAGAAAAGUUAAUCAUCCAACCAAAGAAUCUGUUGUGGAAUUAAAACCAGAGGAAGAACUGGAGCCGGCCACAACCAUCUGCCAGGUGGCUCCAGAAACCCCUGAUAUUGACAUCUGUCAGGAGACAACGCAGAAAUCAGGCAAUGACACCUGCCAGCCUGAACUCGAAAACCAGCAAGAGAGUGCUGAAGUAAGCGAGGAAAACCAGCAAGAGAGUGCUGAAGUUAACCAGGAAAACCAGCAAGAGAGUGCUGAAAUAAACGAGGAAGAAAACCAGCAAGAGAGGACUGAAGUAAACAAGGAAAACCAGCAAGAGAGGACUGAAGUAAACAAGGAAAACCAGCAAGAGAACGCUGAAACAAACGAGGAAGUCAUCAAUGAGGAGAUAGCAGAGGAAUCAGGCACCAACACCUGCCAGCCUGAAAUCUCCAAAAUCUCUGAGGAGCAAGUGGGCGACAACAACCAGGCAUAUCAACAUCUACUUGCAACUAAAUACCCGAAGCCACGGAGUUAUGUACAAGUCCUGGAGCCCAUCGGAGAGGACAGCUACGGUGUCAUUUAUAAUGGAUGGCACCGUAAAGAACAAAAGGAAGUGGCAGUUACCAUCAUGAAAGAUGAAGAGAAGCAGAAAGAAGUCCUCAAUGAACUGCAGGUUCUAGAAACCAUUUCUGGCCAUGGAAACAUCAUUGGCUAUUACGGGGCAUAUUUCCAACCUGCCUCUGUAAAAAUGCCAGAAUAUGAGGGACUGUGGAUUUCAAUGGAGCGUUACAGUGGGACAUCAGUAAAACAGCUCUUUAACAGCAACAUAUCCCACUCCUUGAAAGAGGGCUGGAUUGCUUAUACCUGCAAGGAGGUAUUAAAGGGCCUGUGCCACCUUGAUAAGCACAAGGUGAUUCAUCAUGACUUAAGGCCAAACAACAUCAUGAUAACAUCUGAUGCAGAAGUGAAGAUCAGUGAUGUCAGUUAUGCCACCAUUGGUGAAAGAAGUAAUAGUACUGCAGGUGCUCUUCCAUACAUGGCACCAGAAGUACUGGCCAACACUAACUAUAAGGUCAUAGAAUACACCUCUAAGGCUGAUGUAUGGUCACUGGGAAUCUCCGCCCUUGAAAUGGCAGAAGGAUACUACCCAUUCAGCAGAUUUCCCAGCCAUGCACGCAUCAAAAGAAUAAUGCAUGGUCCCGCUCCAGUAUUGCUAUGGGACUCAUGGAGUGACAACUUCCAUGAUUUUAUAAAGAAAUGCCUCCAGAAAAAUCCGGAUUGGAGGCCAUCUGCAGAGCAGCUACUGUCACACCCCUUCGUUCGCAACAUCUGGAAUGAAAGGGGUGUGAAAAGUAAUAUCAAGUGGCACCUGCAGAGAGAAAUGAAGCACUGAAGUAAGAAAACAUCAUGGCAGCCAUCGGGGGAGGGACGGGGGCACAUGUACAGGGGCCCUAUGUCAUCUUUGGGCCCCGCAGAAAAACUUGGUCCCGAUGGCAGCUAGAAGAUUGACAACAGCGAUUCACAAGAUUUACAUCAAUAUUAUAUUUUAAAUAAUAAACAUAUUAAAAAUACAUUGGCCCCUAUUGUAUGUUUUUUAAUUGGGAGACAUUGUUAAUAACCUCCAAGCCCCCUCAUAUCCAUCUUCCUUUUAAUAUUAGUUUUAAUGACCUGGACAAAAUCCCAUAAACAGUCUUAUGUGCUUGUUUUAUCCACCCUGGUCCUGCUGGUAAUUCCUGUGUUCUAUUAAUGGGUUCCAUCAAUAUCUUUUCUUGCAGCAAGUGAGAUGGCUAGUGCCAUUUUUAACAUGGUGCAGUGUGCCAGGGAAAAUGUCUGCAAUAUUGUCUUCCCUC